AUGGGAUGGUUAUCAAAGGUUUCAACAUCAACACUUUCCUUAAUAGCCUUGUUCUCUCUCGCCGUUGCCCAAAAUUCUCCGCAAGCAUUUGUCGCUGCCCACAACAAAGUUCGCGCAUCACUUGGUCUCCCACUCGUCAAAUGGAACGCCACAGUCGCAGCUUAUGCAGGCCACUAUGCUGCUGUAAGGUCUGCAGAUUGUAACUUGGAGCACUCGCAAGGCGAAUACGGUGAAAAUCUUGCGAAGGCAUCGUGGGAUUUGACGGCUGCUGAGGCCGUGAAAAUGUGGGCAGACGAGAAGAAAUUCUACCAGUACCGCUCCAAUUCCUGCGCUCAAGGGGAGAUGUGCGGGCAUUAUACCCAAGUUGUGUGGCGCGAUUCGUCCAACAUCGGCUGUGCCGCGGCUAGAUGUCGCAAUAAUGAUUGGACUUUUGUGACAUGCAACUAUUAUCCCCCAGGUAAUUACAUUGGCGAACGUCCUUACUAA